AAAAAAAGAUCAAGAUUUUUUUUUUUGUGUGUGUAAGAGAGACAGAAAGUAAGAUGGUUUUAUCUAAGACAGCUUCGCAGUCCGAUGUGUCGGUCCAUUCCACGUUCGCUUCACGCUACGUUCGCGAUUCUCUUCCACGGUUCAAGAUGCCGGAGAAUUCGAUACCGAAAGAAGCAGCGUACCAGAUCAUAAACGACGAGCUAAUGUUAGAUGGGAACCCGAGACUGAAUUUGGCAUCGUUCGUGACGACAUGGAUGGAGCCUGAGUGCGAUAAGCUCAUCAUGGACUCCGUCAACAAGAACUACGUCGACAUGGACGAGUACCCCGUCACCACCGAGCUCCAGAACCGGUGCGUGAAUAUGAUAGCGCGUAUGUUCAACGCGCCGCUGGGUGAAGGCGAGGCCGCGGUCGGAGUCGGGACGGUGGGAUCUUCGGAAGCAAUAAUGUUGGCCGGUUUGGCAUUCAAGCGCAAGUGGCAGAACAAACGCAAGGCUCAAGGCCUUCCUUACGACAAGCCUAACAUCGUGACCGGAGCCAACGUCCAGGUUUGCUGGGAGAAAUUUGCACGGUAUUUCGAGGUGGAGCUGAAGGAAGUGAAACUGAGAGAAGGGUAUUACGUAAUGGACCCGGUCAAGGCCGUGGAGAUGGUGGACGAGAACACUAUAUGCGUAGCUGCGAUUCUCGGUUCGACCCUCAAUGGCGAGUUCGAAGAUGUCAAGCGCCUCAAUGACCUCCUCCUAGAAAAGAACAAGCAGACAGGAUGGGAUACAGCGAUACACGUGGACGCGGCGAGUGGAGGGUUCAUAGCGCCGUUCUUGUAUCCGGAGCUGGAAUGGGACUUUAGGUUAGAGCUGGUGAAGAGCAUAAACGUGAGCGGACACAAGUACGGUCUGGUCUACGCCGGAAUCGGAUGGGUCAUUUGGAGGAGCAAAGCCGACUUGCCCGAAGAACUCAUCUUCCACAUCAACUAUCUCGGCUCCGACCAACCUACCUUCACCCUCAACUUCUCCAAAGGCUCGAGCCAAGUGAUUGCUCAGUACUAUCAGCUAAUCCGUCUUGGAUACGAGGGAUACCGGAACGUGAUGGAGAACUGUAGGGACAACAUGAUGGUCCUAAAGCAAGGACUGGAGAAAACGGGACGUUUCAAGAUCGAAUCGAAAGAUGACGGAGUUCCGCUGGUGGCGUUCUCGCUCAAGGACAACAGCCGUCACAAUGAGUUCGAGGUGGCCGAGACUUUACGUAGGUUCGGGUGGAUAGUGCCGGCCUACACUAUGCCUGCUGACGCUGAGCACGUCACCGUCCUGCGUGUGGUCAUAAGGGAAGAUUUCUCGCGUACUCUGGCCGAGAGGCUCGUUCUCGACAUCGAGAAGGUCCUUCACGAGCUCGACACUCUCCCCGCUAGGGUCCACGCCAAGAUGGCUAAUGGUAACGGAGAUGUUAACGGAAAGGUUAACGGGUUUGUGAAGAAGACGGCGGAGGAGACGCAGAGGGAGGUCACUGCCUAUUGGAAGAAGCUUGUACAGAACAAGGACAAGAAGGCCACCAACAAGAACAAGAUCUGCUGAUUGAUUAAAUGGGGAUAAUUCGCUGCAUUUCUUCCCCCAGGUUUUCAUUUCCUAAAAUCUUAUUUUAAAAUAAUGAAUUUCAUUUUUUUUUUUUGGUUGUUCGGGGGUUUUGAGAUUAUUUACUAUUUAGUUUGAGAGGAGUAACCUUUGAAUGGUGCUCUAUCCAGAGAUCCAUAUAUAACUGCGAUGUAAUAAAAUUUUGACUUUUCCCGCGUAAUAAAAAGUUAUAGAAUACAUGAAA